GAUUCUCAUGGGACUAAAUGUGCAUGAUCUAAUAUGGAAACACUCCACUCAUUCAGCAUUGUUAAUUUGUGUUUACAGUAGAACCGUGCGUGAACAGAGUGCAUAUUAAUCAUUCUAGAUGUAAGAAUGUUAAUCAUAUGAGACGCAAACGCAGAGAUGAUGUUCAACAGCAGCUUUGAUUACAAUUACUCAUAUGACUAUGACCAUAAGUUAAUUCCAAUGUGUGAAGUUGAUGACUAUAAAAAAACCACAGCCGUGAGCUACACCAUCAUCUUCUGUCUCAGCAUACUUGGUAAUGGCCUCCUUCUAUGUGCCCUCACAUGCUAUGAAGACCUAAAAAGGGCCACCAACUUGUUCAUGUUCUGCUUGGCUCUGUUUGAUCUACUCUUCACCCUGACGUUGCCUUUUUGGUGCGUGGAGUUGCUCCACCAUUGGGUCUUUGGCAACAUCGCCUGCAAAAUCAUGACUGGGGCCUACUUUGUAGGCAUCUACGGAAGUCUCAUUCUUCUGACGUCGAUGACACUUGAUCGUUUCAUUGUCGUGGUGGUAAGAAGCUACUGGCUAACACGGCGUCGAAGACUUAUUUGUUCGCAAGUCGCCUGUGCUGGUGCGUGGAUCAUCAGUUUGGUGGCUUGUCUGAGAGAUUCAAUGGCCUCAAAGGCGGAGAUAGAUCAUAUCGACACCUACUUGUGUAAAAGCACUCAUACCGAAGAAGAUAAUAUGGGAUAUUACAUGCAGCUCAUUUUGCUUUUCCUCAUACCGUUUGUGGUUAUUGUUUUCUGUUACACCAAAAUUCUAUUGACGCUCAUGUCAACGUCCACCAGGCAAAAAUACAGGACUGUGAUAUUGGUGUUGUGUAUUGUUAUCGCUUUCUUUGUAUGCUGGGGACCGUAUCAUGUAGUCAUAGUGUUGAUGUCUGUCUACGCGUUUGAUCCCUGUGAACAUUAUCAGCUGCAUGGUGUGUUUGUCGUCUGCAGGAUUCUGGCAUUUUCGCACUGCUGCAUGAAUCCAGCGCUGUAUUUUCUCAGAGGAAAGUUCCGAAUGCUUGUGUCCAGCUUGCUAUUUUGCUCUCCUGAACUCAGGCAGUCGGGACAGUACAGAGGAGUCACGGAUCCGAGUGACUCCCGGAUUCAUCCGUACAUGACUGAAAUGGUUCCAGAAAAUUGUGGUGUGAGACAAACAAAUGCCACAGAGCUGAACUAAAUGUAAAAGCUUUAUGAAAUGUCUGUGACUUUAAACUUGAAUUUAUUUAUUUAUUGCCAAAGGAAAUCUUAUUGCUCAAAGGAUGCACUUUCCUGACUCAUGAGACUUUUAAGUGAAGUUUACUUUCUGUGCCACUAGCGUCAACAGAUAGAAUUGCAAAAAUAAUGACUGGUUUCGAACAGGUUUCCCGAACACUCUCCCCAUCUUCCAUUGGUCAAAAACAGAUAGUCCCACCUCAGACUCACGCUAUUGGUUACUAGGAUGGGCUGCUCAAUCAAACACAGAAGUUGUUUUGAAAGUGCCACAGAACCAGUGUUUCCGCAGCUAUGUUUUCAUCCAAGUUGCAAAUUAAAUUUAUGCAAAAAUUUGCAAAUACAGCACUGAACAAAAUUGUCACUUAUGGCAAAAUUGGCACAAAAUAGAAAUGAAAAUGGAAGCUCAAGCCACUGUGGCUCUUUUAUUAGAGCCACAGUUAUAAACUGCUUGCAGGCGAGACAAAAAGUUCUGAAGAAAUUCAAGUUUGCUAGCGUUCAGUGGACAACGCACAAACUUCACCUUUAAAAGUGGUUCUCGGUUAUGUUUUAUUCACUCAUUAAGGAUCAGUUUUGAUUUCCUAAAAUUCCACAGGACCCAUAGGAGGAAAAUCCAUUGGAGAAAUAAAAAUAGAUACAAAUGACAACUCUGGUGAAGACACAUGCAAGAUUACUGGGAGCUUUCAGGCAAAUUCAGCAAUGUUUACGCACCAUUUAAUCCCACUGUUGUCUAGAAUAAACAAGCAAGAUAUUAAAUAGAUCUAAUUUGGAAUAUUUUUUAAUGGGUUUAUGAUCGGACAAAUCGAGUCUCUUUUUUUAUAGGUCUUUUUUACAAUACACAUUGUUUCAACGACAAAGAAAAAUCUUAAUUUCUGACUCCUUAUGAUGUAUAGUUUUGUAGUGUUGCUCUCUAUUUGGCAUUUAAAGAGUUAAGUUAGAGUGGAAAAGAUUUGUGUUCUCAUCCUUACUGUGUUUAAAGAUUUACUUUAAUAUGAGAUUUUGUAUUGAAGAUGUUUGUUAAUGAGUUGUGUUUAUACAUUUGGUGUCAAUUUUAUUGAGAUCUGACAAAGUGGGAUGUGAGACAGGAUGGAAAUUCUAAGGAACAAACCACCACAACCAAGCCAUUCCUGGUUAUUGCAUUCUGUUAUACCCGCAAGAGGUUUACCAUCCACCAGAGUCGCAUCACAAGCAGAAACUGUCAUCAUGCCGUGUGCAUUAUCUUCUGCAUCACCACUGGUUUCUUCAUCUGCUGGGCACCC